AUGGUCGUUUUCAAUUUUCCAAUCACUCAAUCUGAGAAAAAUAUUCCUGAAUCCUAUCAAGUGCAUAAUAUCAAUGAAGAGAACGCUCGAAUCAUGUAUGAGUAUUACAAAAAGACUCACUUAGAUGUUGCUAAGUAUUGUGAAAUCCAUGGGUGGAUGUGUUACUGUUGUAUCAUCGAUUUCGAUUCCCGACGGGCCUAUUUCGAGUGCGCGCCAAUCCAUUUAAACCAGGCUAUGCCUUUCUCUCUUGGGCUGACUUCGGAUCAUCUGUGGCAAAGUCUUGGUGUUUGUUGUGUGCCAGUGUAUGGACAAAACAUUCAACUCAUAAUCAAUUCACACUGUAGUGAUCCGGGAACUAUCUUACCCGUGGAUUCGACCGAUAUGAACGUUGAACCACAUACUCAAUGCCUCCAUGGUACCGAGCACAAUCCAAUAUACGGUGUUAAGUGUUUUGCGUUCGAGUACCAAAAACGUGGCCUUCCUCACGUGUAUACUAUAUUGGUAUCUGGAGAACCUACCAGUGUUGUUCGCAGCGUGCAAAUCAAGAUUCAUAGCAAUUCGGCACAGAGUAAAAAAGUAAAUUAA